CCACGUUCCAGUUCGAGCUGCGACGCGACACGCUUAGGUGCAACGCGAAGGUAAAUCUCCUCCAGAGAAAACGCGAUAUCUGCGUCUUCAAUUAAGUUUAAAAAUUGAAGAAACAAAGCUCCUCGAAUAGUUCGAAUAUCAUCGAUUCGUUGAGAGGAGAAAUUAUUUGCCGGAAGAAAAAAGAAAAACGAAAUGCUGUGACGGGCGUUCGAAGUAUAAACAACAAGUGAUUUCGACUCAGUGAAUUCCAGUGUUGAGAAAGUUUUCUUCGUUUGAUACCAAAGCGAAGAAAAUUGUGGCUCGACAAGCAGGGAAUUUCGCGCGCUCACGGAAAUAACGGAAAGUCAUUCAAGCUGGGAGACAGGCGUGGAAAACCUAAAAGGGUCAGAAUGGCCGACGAAGCUCUACCCACGCCGACCGCGGUGAAGGAACGUUCGGGGAUCUCGGUGACUCCGAUCAUGGCAAAAAUCCUCGAAGUCAUUCUCGCAAUCUUCAUAAUCGGCCUGAUAGUCGAUCCCCUAAAUUCAUUCCGUCGUAUAGUCAACCGUCCGUACCUGAAGCUCGACGACGUUGCCAUCAUUUACAUCACAGUCGCUGGUUAUUUGAUCAUCAACACGCUCUUCAUCAUCAGCCAUGCGUUGGGUGACAAAAUACCCAAAAGAAUGUCGAUAAUGUUCUCCUCGCUGGGAUCGCUUCUCCACAUCGUGGCUGGAAGUGUCUUGGUCCACAACUGGCGAAAGCGGAUGAACCAAUUCAUCGACUAUCAAAAUAAUGCGAUACACAUGAGCAAGCAGUACAACGAUAUGCUCAUCUCAGCUUCGGUGUUCACGUUUCUCAACGCUGCGGUAUUCGCUUUCGAUAUAUUUCUCUCCAUGAGAUAUUCGUAGUCAAAAAUGUUGUAUGCAUAAGCAAAGGCAACGCGUCGAGAAAAUCGUGCCUAAUGUUUCAGUGACGAGCAGCUCUUGAAAUUUCCAAAGGACAAGUUCUUGGUCAUUUUUUUCUGCGACACGCUGUUGAGGAGAUAUCGAUCGAUAAAAAUACGCCGCGACACGUUGAGCGUACGCGCGGAGGAAGAAAGCGCGAGGCCCGGGCUGCAUCCUCAUCAGCGCGCCGGAUUGGCUGGGCUAUUAUGUCGUCAAUUCCUCAUUAACGAAUCAUGGUAGAAAAAAAUGUGUGCAGGGACUUUUUCUUUGGAAUUUCCCGAGCUAUUUUGAGCUGAUUGUUGAACACGGCUUUGAGCUCGUUUCGUGGAUAUACGUGGGAAAAAUUAAAAGAUUAAAACUACA